UAUUAAUUAUUAUUUAAGAGUAGAAAUAACCGCUAAAAAGUAAUAAGAAAAUGCGUCGGGUUCAAGAGCCGAUUGAUCUCGUGACGGCCUCGAAAUGGGUUGACGUCACGUUUCAAAAAUCGAUUUGCGUUACUCAUUUCAUUUAUACACAGCAGCAGCAUGAACUCCUUCAUGGACGAUCCGUUCGUAUUCCACAAUAAAAUGAGCCGUCUCGUAGUAAAGUUUAAAUUGGAUACAAAAGUGCUGUUGUUUCGCGAAUAGGCAACGAUAAACAAAAGAAGCGGGGGCCCUCUCUAUUAAAAAAAUAAUGCGCAACGUUGAAUAAACGCGUCGUCUUUCAUUCGUUGUUAUUUUGUCACGCGUCAAUGCGAAAAUAAUUGGAGAAAUUUAGAAUCGCAAACAAGUUCAUCCUGCGUCUUAUUUUUGAGUUAAAAUAAACAUUCAGAUAAAGUCGCGACGGGGGCGGCGUACGAGCUGUGUGAUGAAUGUUUACUAAAUAACGAUCUAUUAAUCAGUGUACAUAGGAGGGACGCGAGAGAGGAACGGUGAUGGUGAUGGGUUUAAGGGAUGGACAAUGAACAGCCCCAUCAGGAAUUGGUGAAAUGUGUCGUGGUGGGUGAUACGGCAGUCGGUAAAACUCGAUUGAUCUGUGCGAGAGCCUGCAACCAGCAGGUGUCUUUGGCCCAACUCUUGGCCACACAUGUACCCACCGUGUGGGCUAUCGACCAGUAUCGCAUCUACAAGGAUGUGUUGGAAAGAUCAUGGGAGGUAGUAGACAGCGUAAACGUAUCGCUCCGACUAUGGGAUACAUUUGGAGAUCACGAAAAAGACAGAAGGUUCGCUUACGGACGCUCGGACGUUGUACUCCUGUGUUUUAGCGUAAACAAUCCGAUUUCGUUGCGAAACUGUCGUCUGAUGUGGUAUCCGGAGAUACGUCGUUUCUGCCCGAACACGCCCGUACUUUUAGUAGGGUGCAAAAACGACUUACGUUUCAUGUAUCGCGACGAAGCGUACCUUACGUUCUUUAGAGAUAGAAGCUCGUUUGUUCGCGCGACACGUAAAUGCGAUUUGGUUAUGCCGGACGAGGCGCGCGACGUCGCUCAAGAGCUCGGACUGUACUAUUACGAAACGUCGGUGCUGACGUACUUUGGAGUUAACGAGGUUUUCGAAAAUGCGAUUCGGGCCGCUUUGCAAGCUCGCCGGCAGCAGAGGUUUUGGCAGACUAAUUUGAAAAAAGUGCAGAGACCGCUAUUACAGGCGCCUUUUAAACCUCCGCCUCCCCCGAAACCGGAGGUGAAUAUAUGCAAUAGCUCGUACACUGAGGAUUUGCACCAGCUUUGGAUAAGCAAGGAUCAUUCGGACGUCGUCUUGGUGGCGGGAUCCAUAGGAUUUUCGGCGCACCGGUACAUACUGUCGUCGGCCAGUCUGGCGUUUUAUAAAUUGUUUACACUCGAGAUGAACGCCGAUAUAACGCGUAGUACUAGCGAUUCGAGCAUGGUCAGCUCCCUGGGAGAUUUCAGCGAUGACAAUGAGAGCUUGCUGAGGACCGAACAACGAACGUGGCGUCGUCGCGCCAGCUGCCAAGCUUUACCGCCUCCCCGUGAGCUCGAUCAUCCCGCAUUUCAAGCUAUACGUACAAUUCAGUCGGAGGGACAAACUGUCGUUACUCUAGGAAAAUUAGUUAGUCCGGCCGCCAUUCGCCAAUGCUUGCAAUUUAUUUACACUGGAACUAUCGAUCAUCAUCAGCCCGAUUUACAGGAAACACGUCAGGCCGCCGAAUUUCUGGAACUGCCACAACUGCUAGUGUUACUAAUUAACAUACAACAAUGUGGAAAUGUAAGUAACGGAGCACAAUUACAAGAAACGCACGAGGCGCAUUUAAGACGUAAAUUGCAAGAUUUGUGUUUGGAGCAAGGCCUGUUUGCCGACAUCGUAUUCGAGCUGGACGACGGCGCGUGCGCGGCCCAUAAGGCGAUGUUAUCGGCACGUUGCGAAGUGAUGAAGGCGAUGUUCGGCGGCGAUUUCCGUGAGAGUCAGGCCAAAGUGAUUGAAUUUCCCGGAGUGAGAGAGUACACGUUCCACAAGUUGUUGUAUUAUUUGUACACCGACGACAUUCCCGGGGUGUCGGCGAGUCGGUGUGUUAAUUUAUUGGAAUUAGGUAAUAGAUUAUGCUUGCCGCGUCUUGUCAAUUUAGUGGAGAAACGGGUUAUCGAAGAUUUAGAACGGCUUCAAAUGUCGGAAACUAUCGAACAGUGUUUACGUUUAUUAGAGCCUGUUAAGUUACACAAUGCUCAUCAGUUGGCUGAUUGGUGUAUGAACCAUUUGUGUGUUAAUUAUAAUAAAUUGUGUCGUAUGUCUCCUCGAAGCCUACGUUUGUUGCACCCGGACAAUCAGGCGUACUUGGUCGAACAUCGAUGGCCGCCUGUUUGGUAUUUGAAAGAUUACGACUACUACCAAAAGUGUUUAGUAGAACGUGAUCGUGAAAAUAAACAUGCGCUUAAAUCAAGCUCGGGUUGUUUAUGCUUCUCACGCAAGUCUGAAUCCGAUCCAGCUCUCGCUGGGCAUCUUUAAAGCAUAUGCUGUGACUACUUUUUAUAAAAUGUGUUCUUUAUUAUUUUCAAACUACUCGAUUGUAUAUUCGUGUUCAUAAUACCACAUUAUAUAACGUUACUUUCUUACAUUACUACUCGGCACACUCAAUUAGCAAUUCGAAUAGAAUAUAUCUCUAUCAUAUAACUAAUAUAAUAUAAUGGUGUUUGUCCAAUUGAAACAUCGAUUUGAGCAAUCCGUAGUUACGUCUAUAAUACUCACACACGCGGCUGCUUUUGAUCGAAUUUCCAUCACUGAGAACUGUGAUAUGAUGGUCUGAGCCAAAAAGUUAUUCCCUAACUUACGAAGAUGUAGACAAGUCACACGAAUAUUUUUUUGUAAGAUUUCACCCCAUUAUUGGACCUAACCCCCUCCCCCACAUAAUUCCAACUCAAUUCCAGAAUUUUACAAAUAUUAAAAGAUGAUACAGUGAAAUAACACAAAUUUUGUAAAAGAAAACAUUUUAAAUACGCUCUUGACACAUGGGUGGGCAUAUAUAAAAAAUCCCCAACGCUGAGGGGUACUUAUUUUGUAACAUUUGGCUGUAUCUGGAAUAUAAGCACCUUUACCACUGGAUCAAACUCACAAAAUGUCUUUCAAAAAAUAAUUCUGUUAAUUUCUGAGUAACCUUAAGCGAGUUAUGCCCAUUUAAUAGAUGAAUAAAAUGUAGUCAUUUAUAUGUAUGGGGUCCCAUACUUCCUAGAGGGCGCCACAGCCUGCCAUGAAAUCCUUUGGGGCAUCCUUAUAUGACUGCAUGGUAAAAAGACAGAUCUUUGUUUCGGAUGCUUGAACUCGGCAAAGCUUUAAAAACAAGUUGACACAGUGGAAAUGCCAUUUUCUCAGUUUUUUCCUUAUUGCUUUCAUACCAAGCAAAUUAUUCUAGUCUUAUGGGAAUAUAGCUCGCUGAUUGAUAUUAUCAAAAAAAUAUAGUACCAUUGAAUUUAUAAAUUCAAUGAUAGUACCUUUAAACUACUCCUUGUCGGAUGUCUACCCAAGUAUGAAGGAAGUAUUUAAAAAAACUUUCCAAAUCUUUAAAAAAAAUUUUCCAUCAAUCACCCUAUUUAUUUUAAAAUAGCAGGAGACCUAAUUGGACCCCCCCCCAAUCUAUUUCAAAUUUAAUUUUAUAUGUGAAUUACACGCUUCUCAUCCGACUUGCUGUUUUAAAAGUCAAGUUCUAGUAUUAUAAUGUGUAAGUAAUUAAUGUAUAAACAUUCGAUUUGGAAUAGUUAAAUCAAAAUGGUGGAGGGGGCUGAACUUAAAUAGACUGUGCCCCCCACAAUAAAUUUCACACUCCUAUCCACUUAAUUAUGGAACAUUCCUAAUUUGGAGUUGCGGGGCUAGGUCCUGAUGGAGUAGAAUAUUUAUGCAGACUGUACAGUAGUGUAUUAAAGGAACUGCAAUGGAACAAAUGAGCUCAAGAAGUAAAUAGAUGUAUAAAAAAAUAUUUGUGCAGCCCUCGAUACAAAUUACAUGCAUAUCUUCCUUUUUGGUUUCAUACGCGCAGACUUUUUGGACCACACCGAACUAAAAUUGUGCUUCAUCUCGUUAACGAAUAAUCACAUUCCUGUUUAUUUUAGGACCAAUUUUUACGAACAUUGUAGUCAAUUAGGAAUUUAUGAAUGUACCAAAUAAAAAAGAAGUAAAAAAAUUAUAUUUGAUACAUUUACGAGAUUUGAUUUCACUCGUUAUGUUUUUCUUUACUCGCACGCUUCUUUUCUCAAAUUUGCAUUCCAUCCAUAUUGACUGAAAUAUUUAAGAGUGAGCCUUUGUAAGAUAAUGGAUGCUUUGUGCGAGUCUACUGUGACUUACUUCGAAGCAUCCAUAUUUCCAAUAAUAUACAAGUAAUAUGUGCCAGUCUUAUAUGUAUUAAAUGGUGUGUUUUAACAAUUGGCAAAAUCCAACGGCUGUAAGCUGUCUAAAUUGAUUCAUCAAGGUGAAGCAACUACUUUUUCUUCUACAGAAAAAAACACUUGUGGUAACAUUUUAAUUGGGAUCUAGUAGAAACCAUUCCUCAUUAACCCGCUUAAGAUUUUUUAUUUAAACGUAACAAAAACUUAGAUCACACAAACUGAUUUAGUAUAGGAAUUGCGUACGGUUUCCGUCUAGAUCCUUUUCAGUUGUGUUCAUUGACAAUCGAUGUAGGUCAGUCAAUAAUCAAAAAAAACGUUUUAUUAUUGUGUAAUUCUUGUCCAAUGUAUUUGCGCAAAUUAUGAAAUAAAUCAUUUUUAUUAUAA